AUGGGUUGCGGUUUUGAAUUCGCGGGUUGUGUCAAAUUCUAUGACGAUGAAUUCAAAUUCUCUCGACCAUGUAAAAACAACACCUACGAUCCAUAUACCGGAAAUUUCAAGUGCAGGGUAAGAACAGGAGAAGAAUGCUUUCAACUCUGCCAGCAGGAGGGUUGUUUCGAGUGGUCCUUCAUAUCCUUCAUGGCUAGUACUGAUAGAAUAGUUAGAGACAAUCAUCGCUGUCAGUGCAAUCCUGGAACUUCAAUCUGCUUUUAUACCUACAUUCCAUAUUAUAACCGGGACGACGACUAA